ACUGGGAGGGCCUAGGUCGGAGAGAGAGAGGGACAACUAGUAGCAAAAAAAGACAAUAAAUUGUCAGGUCCAAAGUGCACAGAGACUGCGCCAGCUAACAUAGACAAGCUGAAGACCGGCAUAUAUAGAGAAGAUGCUGACCGUACUGCUCUGCGUUUGUUUUGCCGUGGUCUUAGUGAUCGUGCUUCUACAGGCCACCACCAGGCGCAGGAGACCAGGUGAGCCCCCGUUGGAGCGGGGACCGCUUCCGUACCUGGGCGUCGCUCUGGAGUUCUCCCAGAACCCCCUGGGCUUCAUCACGUCACGCUGGAAGAAGUAUGGCGACGUGUUCACCGUCCGGCUGGCGGGAGACUACACCACAUUCGUACUGGACCCGCACUCUUUCACUCAUGCUAUCAGAAACAGCAAGGUUCUGGACUUCCGACUGUUUUCGUCAAAGAUCGCCCAUCGCGCUUUCGGCAUGCCGAUAGUGUACGGCACCCCCCGCGACUGGGUCCGGGUCGACAGCGUUGCGCUCUACCCGCAGGAACUACAGGGACAGGGGCUGGACAAGGUGACAGAGGUGAUGAUGGGAAACCUCCUGUCCGCCAUGUUUUCCGCCACGGACGUGCAGCAGGAGUGGAACAGGGGAGAGCUGUGGGCGUUCGUCUACAGGAUCAUGUUCAGUGCAUCCUUCAGGACGCUGUUCGGGAGACACAAGGAAAACAAAGACGAGACCGCCCGACUGGUUCACUCCAUGGAAGAGUUUCAGAAAUACGACAAGCGCUUCCCAGAAAUCAUUUCGAACGUGCCGUGGUGGCUCAUGGGACAAACCAGGAAGCGAUACGAAUAUCUGAAGUCCAUGGUAUCUCCGGCUGAGCUGAGCCAGCGGGGCUUGUCCGACUUUAUGCAGAUGCGGCAGGAGAUUUACACAGACGGAGAGCUGUCUGCUGACGAGAAGGCGGCCUUCAACUUCGCAACCAUGUGGGCUUCGCUGAGUAACACGGUCCCCGCCGCCUUCUGGACCCUGUACCACCUGCUGAAGGAUCCGGUCGCCAUGGACGCCGUCAGGGCCGAGGUGGAUCAGCUUCUGAAGGAGACCGGUCAGACCUUGGAGAACGUGAAGGAGGGAGGCGAGAUGAUCCACGUGACGAGGCAGCAGUUGAACGACAUGAAAUCCCUCGGGAGCGCUAUCAACGAGGCAUUGCGCAUGUGCAGUGCCUCGAUCAUCAUCCGCGUGGCCACCGAAGACGCCGAGCUGGCCCUGGAGUCCGGCAGUACCUUCCGCAUCCGCAAGGGGGACAGGGUGGGUCUAUAUCCGGGCUUUCUGCAUAUGGAUCCCGAAGUCUACGAUGAUCCUGAGACCUUCAAGUACGACCGUUUCUUGGAAGACGGCCAGGAGAAGACCGCGUUUUACAAGAACGGUCGGAAGUUACGUCACUACCUGCUUCCGUUCGGUCAUGGCGUCAGCAUGUGUCCGGGCCGGUUCUUCGCGCUGAACGAGAUCAAACAGCUGGUCACCAUCGUCGUCUGCUACUUCGACAUGGAAUUAAUUGACAUGGAGACUCCUCCCAUGGACCAGUCACGGGCCGGGCUGGGCACUUUAGCGCCUCUCAACGAUUGUCUGUUUCGCUAUAGGUUUAAACAGGGCUGUCUGUGAGUGUAUGUAUCA